CAAAUAUUGCUAUUACCAGGGACAGGUACAACUAAAUCGCAACAAAACAAUCACCGCUUCCGCCCGGCUUCCCCCCUCCUGGUUUGGUUGGUAAUGGAUCUGAGGCAGCCAAAUCAUACUCCCGUACCGUACUCACGGCAAUUGUACUCUCUCUGACUCGUUUACUGUGUGAAAGAUGGAAAGAAAACAAAUUGGGCAAUUUUACAAGAGAAAUUAACCUUGGUUGAUUGAGUUUGAGACCUGUAAGAAAAGUCAAGCUCUGCGGUUGGUCUCGUUGGCCCGCAAAGAAUCCAUCUCUCGGAACCCUUUUCAGGUUUCUUUAUAGGGUUUUGAAGAGAUUUCAUUAUACCCGCAUCUAGUUUUCUUGAAUUUUCCAUUCCUACCGGCUCCGUCAAUGGAUGCUUCUUCCCGGGCUCAAUCGUUCGGUCAAACUGAGAUUAAUUGGAACAAGCUUGAUAAGACCAAGUUUUAUGUCGUAGGGGCUGGAAUAUUUACUGGGCUUACAGUAGCACUAUAUCCUGUGUCUCUUGUAAAGACCAGGCUGCAAGUUGCUUCAAAAGAUGCUGUUGACAGGAAUGCAUUUUCUGUUAUAAGAGGCAUAUUAAGAACAGACGGAAUUCCUGGGUUAUACAGAGGUUUUGGUACAGUUAUCACUGGUGCAGUUCCUGCCAGGAUUAUAUUUCUUACUGCUUUGGAGACCACAAAAGUGGCUGCUCUAAAGUUAGUUGAACCACUCAAGUUAUCAGAACCUACAGAGGCAGCAAUAGCAAAUGGCAUUGCUGGCAUGGCGGCAUCUCUUUGUUCUCAGGCUGUGUUUGUUCCAAUUGAUGUGGUUAGCCAAAGAUUGAUGGUGCAAGGAUACUCAGGUCAUGCGACCUACAAUGGUGGACUGGAUGUUGUUCGAAAGGUCUUGAAGUUGGAUGGCGUUCAAGGACUCUAUAGGGGAUUUGGUUUGUCAGUCAUGACUUAUUCCCCAUCUAGUGCUGUAUGGUGGGCAAGUUAUGGUUCAAGCCAACGCCUAAUCUGGAGGCUCUUAAGUCAGGAGUCUGAGCCUGAGAAAUAUUCUCCUAGUCAAUCAACAAUAGUGUGUGUUCAAGCUGCGGGAGGGAUAUUGGCUGCUGCUGCAGCAUCCUGUAUCACAACACCACUGGACACUAUAAAGACUCGCUUGCAGGUUAUGGGACAUGAAAAGAGACAUACUAUAAGACAAGUUGUUAAAACAUUGGUUGUGGAUGAUGGAUGGAUAGGAUUAUACAGAGGGCUGGGUCCAAGGUUUUUCAGCAUGUCAGCUUGGGGAACGACAAUGAUACUUGCCUAUGAAUAUCUAAAACGCUUGUGCGUGAAGGAUGAAUAGAUUCAUCUGCUAGUCCCUCGGCAUCACUGUUUUGUACCCAUGAACGACAGAGACUUCAGUUUGCAGCUAAUUAGGAUUCCAUCUGUUAAAGAAA